CGCAAUCCCAUCCCAGAAAUUAGGACCCGCCGAACACGUUCCCCUCGGACCUCGACGGCUUUGCUAUUGGUGGAUUCUCGGAUUGACGGGGAUGUCGACUAGUCACGGUGCUAGUGACCGCAAUCCUGUGCUGGCAAAUGUCCGCGCCCUGACAAACGAGCUCACGACGCUACGAGCUAGGUAUGACAACUCGUGUCUUCCAAGAUAUACCCUGCUAGGAUACAUGCUAACGGUCAUAGAAUCAAUACUCUGAACACCAUAUAUGCUGAGACAAAAGCAAUGUGUCGCAACUUGAAGGACAGGAACGUUGAACUUGAAGGGGAGAACGCGAGACUUCGGCAUGAACUUGAUGACACACGCCAGACUCUCCAAGCGACUGUAGUAAAGAAGGAGGACUCAGAACCGGACUUGAUAGCAGUAGGAUCUCCUAGCUACCAAGCAUUGAAACAGGAGCUAGACAAUGCAUUGCACCAGAUAAUGUUGGAAAGGCUUGAGCAUAGACACUUAGUGGACUCCUUGAACAGACAGCUCGCUGACCUUGCGAAGCAAGACAAGGAGGUGAGGGAGGAUUUGAACAGUACUUUAGAUGCAAAUCCUUCUGACAUAAUACGUGCUCCAAGUGCCGAAGCGAGUGAGGUAUCUAUCUUGGGCAUGAGUGACCAUGGUUCAGUGUUAAGUUAUGCGAGUGACUCAGAUAGUGAUCUCGAUGACGGGCCAUUUGAUCCCGAACGGUUUCUUCGAUGCGGGGGACUUCACGGCGCAAGCCUUGGUACCCUUGACAGUGCGGGUCUUAUCACCCUUGAUGCCCGGCACUGCGAUGCAUCUGCGUCAUCCAAAUAUCUGCGAGAUGUGCGUACCAUCCUUGUUCUGUUUGAGUCAUUUCCAUUUUGCGUGAAUGGUACGACCGAUCGUUUCAAUCCUACAGAUACUCAAGGAACAUUCGUACGGCAUACGCGGCUCAUGAAGUGAUUGAUGAUAUCUAACAGCCGCGACAGCAUCCCCGGUCUGCACUGGACAUGCCUUCCUACCGACAGUGCCUGGUCUUCAUCCCAGAAAAGGUGUUUGCUACUGCUACCUUACAAGUAUUAUGAUCCGGACACAGGGAAGCUCACCCUUACCAAGUCUGGCGACCAUGCACCUCGGAUCGACGAGACCCGUGACCUUUUCCA